GGGGCUUCUCUUGGAAGGAAAGGUAGCCACAAAACGCCCCUAUUUCGCAUCGCGUCGUCUUCCCUGACCGCACUGCAUCGCCCUAUCAGCAAAUAUCGUCGUGCAUGGCCGACAGAUCCCGCGGCAAGAGGCAGCGUCUCCUGGAGUGUCGCCCUUCGCCGAGGGAGAGCUCUGCUGCUGAUACGGAUGAUGAUUCGCCGUAUGAGUUGCCCAGCGCCGCCCCAUGCGACUCACUGAGUGGCUUGCCGGCACCACUGGUGCAUUCGGUUGGCUCCCUUCUGGACGACAGGUCGCUCGGGCGGUUCCUGAAGGUGUGCAGGGAGAUCAGCAGCUUGUUCACUGGCACUCAGGUGAGAACGAAAGAAAUAAAGACACACACACAGACAGGCAGAAAACAUACAAGUCAUUUUGGCUUCUGCAUUUGUCUGUCUCUUCUCAGGGUGAGUUCUUCUGGCGUCAUCGGUGCAUCCACACCUGGCGUCCUCAUCCCGCCCUCGCCCCACUAUUCACCCACACGCCCCUCGCCCUCCCCCCAGCCCUCACAUGGCAAUCCUUCUAUGCGUCGAGGCGCAGCCUAUUUCGCUCUCUGACCAUUCGUCUGGUCGGCUUCUCAGCUGCAGAUGAGAGGGCGCUUCGAGCCCUUAUAUCCAGCUGUGGAGGGCGGUGUGUUGGUGCUGGCGGUGAGACGGCCAGUCGAAGGCGGCGGGAUGAGUGUGUGACGCAUGUGGUGGUGAGGCGGUGUGUGAGUGCGGGCGAGAGGGGGCAGAUCUUGACGGACAGGCCCUGUCUGGUGGAGCAGUGGCUGGUGGACUCCUUUCAUCAGGGUGGGUAGAUGGGGCAGAGAGGCAGCCCGACAGCUGGGGAUGCAAGACGCAAAGAUGGUUGGUGUCGGUGUACGUAUGUGUAUGGGAUUUGCAGGCCGUGUCCAGCCGAGGCAUCAUCUCUCGUGUCCGGCCAAGUACUCGCGGUGGCAGGUGUGUGUGUGAACAUGGUCAGAGAGUCAGAGUGGAGAUGCGCAUCAGCCAAGCUCUGCCGUGCCUCUCGUGCAGUGCCCCGGCCAGUGUGCGAGUCCGCGUUCGACCGACACUGCCCCCCCUGCCCUCUCGGCCCCCAUCCCCGAAACGUGCUACGCAUUGCCGUUGUUCCACAACUUCGUCUUCUGCACCACCGGGCUGACCACAGCAGACAGGUGAGCAACUGGGAGGCAUGCUCUCGUGUGUCGUCAUCCACCCACCCAUCCAUCCAUGGUAUGCAGGCGGCUUCUCGCAUCGACGGUGCAGCGUCACGGCGCGCGGUACUGUCAGACCCUGAGGAUACACAUGGGGGAUGACCCACAGGUAUGUGUGUGUGUCGACCACCACACACACUCACCCUUUCACUCGCCCGUUUAUGUCUCUCACGCCUGUGUCAGCGGCAGACCACUCAUCUCGUCGUUGCCGGCACGCCAGACACCAAGGUAGAUGCGAUGCGGUGCACAUGGUGUCCCCUUUGACAGUGGCAGAUGGCCAUACCGUCUCCCUGUCUCUGUGAGUGUGCAGAAGGUCACGGCCGGGCGGACCGACCCCAAUCUCUUCAUCGUCACGCCACAAUUCGUGAGCAGAGUGGGGCACCUGUGUGUGUAUGCCCUUCUGCACGUGGCUGAGCUGCCUGCGUGUGUGCAGGUGCAUUUGUGCGUCAAGAACCAAGAUCUGCUGUCUGAGUGGUUCUUUGCUGUCGGCACAGCCAGAUAAGGGCGGGUGUGUGGGUGUCUGUCGGGCGUGUUGCGUUCUUGUCGUGGUGGUGCGCAGACGCUUCGUCAAUGACGACAGAUAUCGCAUGUCGUGUCUCGUGUCUAUAUGUCCCGUCCGUUCCUGUUCUUUCG